AUGGCCUCGCAGAAAGCUGUGAGGCUGUCUUUGAAGAAGCCCACCUAUGCCGUGUGUGUGGUGGGAGUGGAGACACUGGUGGACGUCCACAGUGAUGUGCCCCAUGGCGCUGAUAACUUUGGAGUCUCUGGGAGCUCUGAGGUGGAGGUCUUCCUGGUCUACCAUCCCUCACAGGUGACAAAACCUGCCAGCAAGGCCCACUGGCCACUGAACACCAACAUGGAUGUGGUCGUGUCUGUGAGCACAGCCAGUAAAGAUUUAAAUGACCUCAAGGUGAAGGUGUCCUACUUUGGACCACAGGAGGUCGGUGCCCUGGGCCACAGUAUGCUGUACCUCACUGGUGUUGAUGUUUCCCUUGAUGUCGACAUGGGCCGCACAGGCAAGGCAAAGAGGAGCCGAGGUGACAAGAAAGCCUGGCACUGGGGCCCCGAGGGCUAUGGAGCCAUCCUGCUGGUAAACUGUGACAAGGAGAGUCACAGGUCCACGGGGCCUGACCUGGACCACAGUCAGCUGGUGUCACUGGACGACCUGCAGGACCUGUCCCCUAUGGUGCUGAGCUGUGGUGGCCCAGAUGAGCUCUUCCAAAGCCACAAGCUGGUCUUGAAGGUGUCAGCGUCUGAUUCUAAAAGAGCGCGGGUCUUCUGUGCCCGGGGUGGGAACUCCCUGUCCGACUAUAAAACGGUGCUGGGGCCGAAUCACCUGUCCUAUGAAGUAGAGCGGCAGCCGGGGGAGCAAGUGAUCAGACUCCACGUGGAGGGGCUCGCGUUCCCUGACGCCCAUUUCCUGGGGCUGGUCUCCCUCAGUGUCAGCCUGGUGGACAUGGGGACCCUGCCCGAGGUGUCUCUCUUCACAGACACAGUGGUCUUCCGCGUGGCCCCCUGGAUCAUGACGCCCAACACGCAGCCCCCCCUGGAGCUGUAUGUGUGCAGUGUGAUAGACGCUCAUGGCUCAAAUGAGAAGUUCCUGGACGACAUGUCUUACCUGGCGAGGCAAGCCAACUGCAAACUGGUUGUCUGUCCACGGGCUGAGAACCGCAAUGACCGCUGGAUCCAGGACGAGAUGGAGUUUGGCUACAUAGAGGCACCUCACAAAUCCUUCCCUGUGGUCUUUGACUCCCCCCGAAAUAGAGGCCUGAGGGACUUCCCCUAUAAGAAGAUUCUGGGUCCUGACUUUGGAUAUGUGACCCGGGAGGUCCUGCUCGCUGGCGCCUCCAGCCUGGAUUCCUUCGGCAACCUGGACGUCAGCCCGCCUGUGACGGUGGGAGGCAUAGAGUACCCUCUGGGCCGGGUCCUCAUCGGCGGCAGUUUCCCCAAGUCCAGUGGACGGCGCAUGAACAGGGUGGUUCGAGACUUCCUCUAUGCCCAGCGGGUACAGGCGCCUGUGGAACUCUACUCGGACUGGCUCUCCGUGGGCCACGUGGAUGAAUUCCUGAGCUUUGUGCCCACCUCGGACCAAAAGGGUUUCCGGCUGCUCCUGGCCAGCCCCAGUGCUUGCCUCAAACUGUUCCAAGAAAAGAAAGAGGAAGGCUAUGGGGAGGCAGCCCAGUUUGAUGGGUUAAAACACAAAGUAAAGAGGAGUAUUAAUGAGAUGCUGGCGGACAGACACCUCAGGAGCGACAGUCUCCAUGCACAGAAGUGCAUCGACUGGAACCGUGAGGUGCUGAAGCGGGAGCUGGGCCUGGCUGAGGGUGACAUUGUGGACAUCCCGCAGCUCUUCUCCCUGAAAGGAGCCUAUGCGGAGGCCUUCUUCCCUGACAUGGUCAACAUGGUGGUCCUAGGCAAGUACCUGGGCAUCCCCAAACCCUUCGGGCCCCUCAUCAAUGGCCGCUGCUGCCUGGAAGAGAAGGUGCGUUCCCUGCUGGAGCCGCUUGGCCUGCACUGCGUCUUCAUUGACGACUAUCUCUCUUACCAUCAGCUGCUCGGGGAGAUCCACUGUGGCACCAACGUACGCAGGAAGCCCUUCGCCUUCAAGUGGUGGCACGCAGUGCCCUGA